CGCGUAAAUGGAAACUGACUCUAGUAAGGGCAGGACGCAGGCAACCUUCUUAUAAAUAAUCCUACAGGCUACAAGGAUAAUGAAGCAGUAUCGUGCGUCGUGCCCCGCAUAAGUUCCAGUUCAAAUCCUAACCGAGUCCUCAUAAAAACGGAUCCGAAGUUCAAAUCUUUGCAAAGAAGAAGUCGAAAACAAAUUCAGUUCGUCAGAAUGAGUACCAUUAGUACAAAAGAAACUUUGCUCACACUCAUUGAUGAUGUUGAAAUAAUAUGCCGGCAAUUGGUGGACAACAGUGUGGCACCCAAACAUCAGAAGCUGUCCCCACAAGAGCAGCAUGCAGUUGUGCAGCUUCUCAUUGCAAAGGAUGCAGAGCUUAAAAAGACAAUCAAGGUUGCCAGUGAUCAGGCUGCAGUUGAGAAGGUCAUAUCAGGAAUACAGGCGGAGCUUGCCAAGGUGGACAGUGCCAUACAGAACCUUGAACAGCAACUCUAUGAUGCUCAUCAUAAAUUGAGCAUGGGCUUGUAUCAGGCGCGGCAGAAACUGAAGAUAAUCAGCGCUGCUAACAAGCGGCCAGUGAACUCCGAGGAGCUCGUGCGCUACGCACACCGCAUCAGCAGCACCAACGCCGUGUCUGCUCCUGCCACCUGGCAGCAGGGUGACCCGCGGCGACCUUAUCCUAUCGAUGUUGAGAUGAGGGCGGGAGUGUUGGGCCAGAACUGCCAGCUACUGCACACCCAGCAACACCUCAGCGACUCGCUGCUUCAGCGACACCACAGCACAGACUCGAACAGCUCCGGCGUGGGGAUGUUCGCGUGGCAGCCCAGUGGGGAGUGCGCCAUCGUGACGGGGGGAGGUGGGGGUGUGGGAGUGGGGGGAGGUACCCCCCACACUACAGCCGUCGUGCAGAAGAAGCAGCAGGACGACGUCGAGGUUAUGAGCACAGACUCAUCGUCUUCCUCAUCUUCAGACUCCCAGUAACAUGAAAUGUAUUAUUUCAUAUCACUAUACUUACUUCCAUCGGUCAGCUAUUCAUCCUCACUUAUACAUCAUCAUCAUCAUCUAUCAUUAGAAAAUGCAUAUCAGUGUUCAUCAUCUAUCAUCAGAUUUACAGUAACCAUCAUCACCUAGCGUCACCACAGAAAUAUGUAUCGUCAUCACCUCAUCGAUCAAAAUAUCACUGUAACGUAACAGUUUCCGAGGUUAGCGUUUUGCAGGAUGAACUACCUACCAUCACGUUGAAUGCAUGCAUUCUUUUACAAUGGGCUCCUCAAAUCGAUGUUUAUUUUCGUUGAUGGCACAACGCGCAGUUUGUAUGGAACCCGAAGUCCUCGUUAACUGCAGACGAUUGAUUCAUGCAGAAUUAUAUACUUACACAUUUGAGAUGAGCGUUUUAUGCCACAUUAUUCCCACGGGUAUGUCAAGAGUUAUUUUUGAAGAUAAUCAGAGCCGCGAGACAGGCCGGGCUGGUUACUAUGGGAUUUCUUCACUGCGUGGUUUCCAUUUACUACAUUCAUAAAUGAGAUGACAAUCUGAAUUUUCUCAUGCUUACUAAGAAAUUUAUUUACAAUCUGUGGAAGCGAGUUGCCUCCAUGUCCGAUGUGUGCAGAAGACGCGCGCCACCGAAGCGCUCUUGGCUGCUCAGCUUCACCUCCCCAAAAUAUUCCAUCGCGUGUAAUUAUCUCCCGUGUCACGUCAGUGUUCAAGUGUCAGGUUAACUCGUAAGUCAAGUGUUAUUUUUGUACGAAAUACAAUGUAAAAAUAGCAAAA